GAGAGAGACCUACAGAGAGAAAGCAAGAUGAGGAAUCCAUCGUCAGCAUCGCCGGCGACCAUGUCAAAUAGCAAGAGUACAGCUACACCAUGUUGCAGCAAAGUGGGACUGAAGAAGGGGCCAUGGACACCUGAAGAAGAUGAACUUUUGGCCAAUUAUGUGAAGAGGGAAGGCGAAGGACGGUGGCGGACGCUGCCCAAACGCGCCGGUCUCCUCCGGUGUGGUAAGAGUUGCAGGCUCCGAUGGAUGAAUUAUCUCCGGCCGUCUGUUAAGAGGGGUCGGAUUGCUCCUGAUGAAGAAGAUCUCAUCCUUCGUCUUCAUCGAUUGCUCGGUAACAGGUGGGCUUUGAUAGCUGGAAGAAUCCCAGGACGUACAGAUAACGAGAUCAAGAACUAUUGGAAUUCCCAUCUCAGCAAAAAGCUCAUCAACCAAGGAAUUGAUCCUAGGACUCACAAGCCACUGGACCCAAACUCUUGCCCUAAUUCUUCUGAAACACAAGUCUGUGGCAACAAUCUGGAUCAGGAUUUAAACCCCGAUGUCGAUAAUAGCCACGAGAACUUGAAGAAUUCUGAUGUUUUGAUGACAAAUUUAGAAAGUGGCCAUGAAAACAGUAGCAAUGAAGAAGAUGGUAUGGAGUUCUGCAAUGGUGAAACUUUCUCUUCAUUUUUGAAUUCUUUGAUAAAUGAAGACGAGUUUACCGAUCUCCAACAGCCUAACGUGAUUGCACCUUCGAUAUCGUCUCAGCAUGUAACACCUUCUUCGCAGACCUUCGAUCUUGGCCCUGUUUGGGAAGUUGCACUCUGA